UAGCCAUCUCGGUGAUGUCGUGGGUUCGGGCUACCCCCUCGGUCCAGAGCCCGGCCGAGGAGGGGGACGUGUUUGAUGAGGAAGCUGACGAGUCGCUCCUGGUACAGCGGGAAUGGCGGAGUCACAUGCAGAAACGAGUGAAAGAAGGCUAUAGAGAAGGAAUCGAUGCUGGCAAAGCAGUUGCUCUUCAACAGGGCUUCAAUCAAGGCUAUAAAGAAGGUGCAGCAAUCAUUGUAAACUAUGGAGAACUCAGAGGAACACUGAGUGCUUUGCUCUCCUGGUGUCACCUUCAUAAUAAUAGUUCAACUUUAAUCAGUAAGAUAAAUAAUCUUCUGGAUGCAGUUGGACAGUGUGAAGAGUAUAUGCUCAGACAUCUGAAAUCAAUCACUCAGGAGCCCCACGUUGUAGACUUACUGGACUCUGUUGAGGACAUGAACCUCUGUCAUGUAGUUCCAGCUGAAAAUAAGAUUGAUGAAGCUGAAGACGAAAGACUUCAUGAAGAUAGUGCUGAGUUUAACAAAAACUGUAGCAAGAGUUCUAGUGGGAUAAAUUGUGCAUAUUUAGAAUGUUGUAGAACCCAGGAGCAUGCACAUUCUGAAAACCCAAGCCUCACUUGGAUUUUAGAACAGACAGCCAGUUUAGUAAAACAGCUUGGAGUAUCAGUAGAAGUAUUACAGCACCUCAGGCAACUAUAACAAUUAUCAUCAUUUUCCUAAUGAAAAUAAUGUGGACUGCAUUUUUUAGAGCAUUGUGUCCUAACAAGGUAACCAAAAUGUGAAGUGGUUUCUGCACUGAACACUUCACCUGUCGGAUUAUCCUUCACAGAAGGUUGAAAUGUCUUCAAUACUGACACUAUUAAAUAUAACAUACUCCUUU